AGAACAAAAAUACUGAACGCACAGACUACAUGACAUGUUACAUUUCAGGGGUCCAUUUUAGUUCGAUUCUAACAAAGUUAUCGGGUUAUAGGCCAAAAUCUGCAUUUCCAUUGACAUUACAUUUAGAGGAUGUUAACUGAAGGCAUUGACUGCCUCUAAUGACCACGACGUUUUAUUUUGAACCCCACAGCCGGAAGUCAUUUUCGAGGACACGAUGCCAGUUGCAAGCGAGCUCUGACACUGAGAUGCAGCAGAUACACAAGUAUUUGGACUAAUUGUUCUUAACUGGAUUUGGGGACAUCAUUGAUGUCUACAUGUACCAACAAACAUGGCAGAGAGAAAGGACAAUGAGGUGGAGGAGGCAGACCAGAUCUUCCUGCUCAUGAAGGAGGACUAUCGGAUAUCCAGGAAUGUGCGUCUAGCAUGGUUUCUCAGGAAUUUGAAUCAGAUCAUCUGGCCAGCCUCUACAUCUGAAUUGCAAAACUCUGAAAAUGAGUUGGAUUUGGCUGCUGUCCAACCGAAGGGAUGGCAGCCAGAUUCCAUCCCAACUACAGCCCCCUGUGUUUUGAUGCCAUCCACCCGGGCAACCUUUCUGGCCCGCAGGUAUCGCUUCAUCAUUGAACUGGACCUCAGCCCUUCCACAGGGAUUGUGGAUGACAGCACAGGAGAGAUGAUCUUUGAUGAAGUGUUUCAUGCAUUGUCUAAGUGCCUGGCUGGACUGGCUCAACCAUUUAAAGUUCCUGGAACAGAUCAGCUUUUCAAGCCCAAGAUCUUCAUCACCAUUUUGGUUUAUUCAUCAAUAAUUGGUCUUUCUUCUCACCAGGUUUUGGUACAGGGAUGCCAGCUUGAUAACGCAAACCUGAAUGAGUUCCUACAUCAGAUCUAUCAACAGCUCAGAUCUCUGGAGAGCAACACAGCAGAAGUCCUGCAUCAGCAGCAACAACAGUUUGUGGAACCAGGACAAAGCUUAAAUCACCAUAACAACUUGGAAGACCAGCCGCAUAAGAAGCAGGGAAUGUCCAUGGUGUCUGCUGAUAUGGGUCUUGUCAGCAUGGUACGCCAGGGAAUCCUCGCCCUUCAGCUUCUGCCCUCAAAUUCCAGUGCAGGCAUCAUCAUAAUCACUGAUGGGGUGACAAGUGUUCCUGAUGUGGCUGUGUGUGAAACAUUGCUGAACCAGCUCAGAAGUGGAACCAUUGCUUGUUCCUUUGUACAGGUUGGCGGUUCAUACUCAUAUGACUGCAGUUUUGGCUACAUCCCAAACGUAGAACUGAUGAAGUUCAUAUCUUUGGCCACCGUUGGGUCCUAUUUGCCCAGUUGCCCUGAAGUUGACCAAAACAGCCAAGAAAUGAAUGCCUACCACAGGGCCUUCCUAACCUACACUUUCCUCAAGACCCCAGAGUCCAUGAACUCUGAGUACUUCUGUGUUUCCCAGGACAAACUGUUCAAUGAGCACCUAGUGUCAGCCAGUGGUAAUCCAGCCCUGGUCAUGCGGAGGAAAAAGCACACAGAGAAAGAAGUCCAUGCACAUUUAAUAAGUGUGGUUUCAGUGCGACUGAGAGAAGGCUACACCAUCAGAGACAUCAGCCUCACCAAAGGAGGGACCCAACUGGAAGUGAAGUUGGCUUUGCUGUGGAAACAUAACAUGCAUAUUGAGUACCUAGCAGCUGCCACUUGGCCUUUGGACUCGUCCAACAGAAGCACUAAGGUGGAGGUGACAAUGGAAGGCUGCUAUGACAUCCUGCAUGAUAUCAGCUGCACACAGCGGAAGCCCAUCACCAGUCCAUACCGCACUUCUGUCAUCCGGCGCUUCUGGAACACACUUCAGAGCAUCAACCAAACUGAUCAGAUGUUGGUGCAUCUGCAGUCAUUCAAUUCAAUCCCCGAGAACUACAGGAUUCCAGAGAGCACCAAAAACGGAGUCCCUUUAUUCUACAUCCCUCCUGGCUCUACAACUCCGGUUUUGUCUUUGCAGCACAGUGGAUCCAAAGACCCAUCUCAGUCCCAGUUUGCAUCAUACUGGAAACCCAUCCUCUCUAUGGACACAAACUUUUGGCAACGAUGGUUACACAUGCACCGGAUUGCUAUUAUCCUUGAACAUGACUUGCCUGUUCCCAAACACCUGCACACAGCUGGAAACAAUGGCCGCUAUAGCACCAUCCAGUGUCGCAUCUCACACUCUGCUCUCACAUCCUUGCUGAGGGACUGCAGUAGCUUUGUAUUGGUGGAAGGUUACUCAUAUGUCAAACUGAUAUACAGUUCAUCGGAUCAAAUUCCCACAUCCUUUUAUCUUGUCCGUCUGAUCUCUAAGACACCCUGCAUGGUUCUGCGCCUGGGCUUUCCCAUUGGGACACCAGCUAACAUUAGAAACAAGAUUGUGGAUGAGCUGCGAGAGCAAAUCCUGAAGCUUCGUUUCCCUCACCGUGUUCAGAACAAAGAAGCAACACCGAAGGCCAAGAGGAAGACAGUGGGCCAUGUGUCUCCAUCUAAAUCUCCCCUGGUUCCCGUGGCCAAGCCUGCUCUGUCAGAUAGACCCUGUGUGGUGGUCCUCAGUAAGCCUCUUGAGAAGUUGCUGAUAAGGUAUGAGAAACUGCCUGAGGACUUCAGGACUCCCUUUAUUUUCAGCAUGGAGAAUUUCCCAGUGCCCUUCAACAGCACUGUGCCCCUCAGCAUGGCAGCCAACCGAACAGCCUCAUCAACCCUGGCCUCGCUAUCACGUUAUUUCUUACACCGGCGGUGGGUGUGGGGAGUACAGAGCAGCCAUGGACCUGCUGUGACCAUGCAGGCUAUCGCUCACAUCCUGUCGAUGCUCUCUGAGAUUCGCCUAUCGGAAGGUUUUCACUUUGCCUCUAGUGGGGAGGGCAUCAUAAACAUGGUGAUUGAGCUGCCAAUGAAGAUCAUGUCAGGCAACAGAGAGCAGGAGAGUCACUCUUGUAUUGUUCAGUACAUUCUGUUUCCACCUCACUCAACCUUUAGCAAGGACAGCUUUUCUACAGAUGAUGACAAUGACACAGAGGUGGAAGCUGUGGACAUGGACACAGAGCUUAACCUGGUGACAGAAUGUUGGGUAGAACCACAGAGUGGCUCGGUGAUGAACUGCAUGGAUCAGCAGCGACAUUUCCAGGGCCUCGUAUACCAAGACAUUCCACAAGCCAUUUUCCCAAGGGAUCUGGCAUGCAUGUCCACCAUGAUGACAUUUGAGUAUUUAAAUCAGCUGUGUCAAAAUAAGGACCAGACCUGCUCUCUCCCCACUGCAAACAAAGUAGUCCAAGGAGAUGGAACAUUAUCUGAGGACAGCAUCCAAAUGGUUCCCUUCCAGUUUGAUCUUAUCCAACUUCUUCCAAGUUGUCAGCAGGUUGAACUCUUCUUCUUCACAUUCAAUACAGGUGUAGCGAAUGAAGAUCUUAUUCAUAGCACCUCCAGUCCUCCCAAUGAGUUCCUUCUCAGCCUCUUCCACACCAGCCUGGAGCAGGAACUCAGUGACAGAGAGGUCCCGUUAGCUGCAGCUGACUGUUCUGCCUUUGUGAAUCACAUUUUAGAGCGAGAGAGAGAUGAUCAUAUCCCUCCUUUCUCUUUGUCUCUUAUUAAAGAAGAAUUCAUUAAACCUACAGAGAGAAAAGACACCAUUGCUGGCAGCAAGGAGGUCUUGGGAUCUACAAGCACUUUACAGAGUUUCAGUAAUGCAGACCUUGUUGAUGAGGAACCUCUGCUGUUAGAAAGAAGCUCAUUCGUACCACAGUGGAGGUGCUAUGCCAAGUACGUUAACUCCCAGCAGCUCCUCCUCACAUUUCUUCCUGCCACCUUUGCAGACGUUCUUAUGUUGAUGGCAUCAACAUUGGAGACUGAGCCUAGAAGCACUGUCAGUAUGCAAGAGGAUGAUACCUUGACUCCCAGCAAUAAAUCUCAGGCUGACUCCCUGUCAGGUUCCACCAGUGGCCCUGAUAAGUCAGAGUCUGGCUACAGCCUGGUCUCUAAGCUGCACAGGAGCUCCAGCUGUGGCAACUUCUCAGGCAAGUCGUCUCUCCUUACAUCUCCAUCUGAGAGCCACACUGGGCCUAUGGACUUGCUGCAUGUGGAAUCUGAGAGUUUAGACAGUAGACUAUCCGAAACAGAUACUGGGACACCAUGCUCAGAUCCUGGAGGAAAAGAAGGAGUCCAGUUUUCUGAACCACAGAAGGAGGAUUUUCGCAUCAGUUUCAGCAGGCAGGUUUCCCAACAGAGCACUAGUGACAGCAGUCAUUUAAGGUGUCCAGUUUAUGUCUACAACUGCUCACUGGAACACCUGAAAGAGCAACUAAUACACCCCAACUCAAAUUGCCAACCUAAGGACAUCUUUUUCAGGUCAUUAUCUCAAGACCGCAACAGUCCAUCCCCCUGGACAGACCUCCUGUCUCAGCCUUACAAACAUAAAGAGCUUGCUAAUUACUGCAGCCUGCUCCAAGAACAUUACCACCAGAGUUAUGUUAAAGGUGUGUUCCGUAGCCUGCAACAAUCCUACAGCAUAAGCUCCCAGGACAUCCUCAUGGCAAUGGAUUACUGUGAAGAGUCGCUGCAGGAGAUCGACGUCACAGCUUUCCUAAAAACUCUCUGUGGUCACAUGCGGGUUUUUAGGGAGAGUGGCAAAGCCCAGAGACUGGGAGGAGGUCUAAAACUUUUAAGAAGACCUGCCACCUUUUGUGUUGGAGAGGUUCAGGAGGAGCGAGCAGAAACAUGCAGUAGGCCUGAAAUGGAGGAUAGUUGUGAAGCUGAAUCUAAAGGGAAGGCUUCUCAGUGGAUCCUGGAUGAGUCCAAAAUACCGGCAUUCCCUCUGACCCUGCUACGAACACAACCCGAUUGUGAAGUAUACCCAGAUUUGCACAAAAUCAUUCAGGACAAGUUCCUGAUGAUCCUGUCGCAGUAUUUUAAAAGUGUACCAUCAAACCCAUACUACUACUUCUAUUUUCCUCCAUCAUCCAAGAAAGAGGUGGAGUCUGAGGAUGAUGAGACUGAAAGAAGACUUAAUGAAGAGCUAGUUUCAGAGACAGAGCCUACAAGUGAAGAUGAGAAUGUGUCGGGUUGUUGUCUGAUGGAGAGUGACACAGACCUGGUGGUUGAGUAUGAGGACCAUGUAGGCACCAGCUCACAGGAAGAGGGUGAAGAAUGCUCCCAAUCCGACUCCAAUACUGUCAACCAGGACCAAGACUCCUUCAGCAUCCUGGAUGGAGAGUCUCUCCUAGAGGCCGAGGGGCCGCAGCUGGACAUGCCACCACUGUUUCUUCACUUCACUUGUUCUGUCAACAUGAACAGCAGCCAUGGUUCUAUGCCUAUUCAGACUCUUCCCACAUGCCUUGGUGAAAUGAUCUCCUGUCUGGAUAACGUGGAGACAUUACAGUCUGUUGAUCUGACUGAGCUUUCAGUAACUCUGGAUGUGUUUGUGCUGACUCUGCCCCUGGAAAUUGAAUUUAUGGCUGAUUACCAUCAUAACAGGUCAGUGGAAGAGAGCAAAGCCUGGAUUUUUCAAGAGCUAGGAAACAUUUAUUACCCAUGAAAGCUGUCAUAUUUUUUUAGAGCUACUUUCUUUCUAUUGUGUGUGGUCUCUGGCGAUCCCUUAUCCAAAUGUCCUCUUCCUCACAAAUUAGCAAUUCUGGCCACACUUGAUGAGAUCCGCUGGCUGCUGGAGGAUGAGAUUGUUUCUGCUCUGUGUCACUCUCGGGUCAUCAACUCAGCCACACUGCUGAAAGUCGCAGAGCAUGUUUUACGCUCCAGCGGACGACCGCACUGCCACUGUGAAGAUGUUCCGCUUCAGUUUGUCUUCGGACCUGAGCAGUCACUGGAAAAAUUCAAAGAGGAGUUCUGCAGAUUGUCAUUCUCUGGCUACAUUUUGAAUGUAGUGCAGGACAACUUCUACUACAUGUCCCUGAGUAGAAAUCACCCACAGAGGAUCCAGGCCACAAAGAGGUUAUCUGAGACAACCACAACCUCACCACAAGACAACCAUAGAGCUCACAUAGAACCUAUGAUGUUGGAGAGUGAACUGGAGUCUGGAAACAACAAAGAGAGUGAAGACAGGAAGACCUUCAAUCUUCACACAGAUGCUUAUGGGGACACAACUGCAGCCGAAGCCGGAGAAACGGUCCAAGCCAAGAAGUUAGACUCUGAAGAUAUUUCUAGUACAGUGAGGGACCAGAGUCAGCCUAGUCCUCCCCAGCCCGAUUCCUGCAAUCCUGAGUCCAGUUCUCCUCCAAAAACAGCAUCCAGUGUCAGCCUGUCUGAUUCUGCUCCGUCAGCCUCUCUGUCUCAUAGUUGCAGCAGACUAAAGCCAAGUCGUGUCCAGAGUGUUGUCUCCAGCCAGGGCAGUCUGGACUCAGACAUGCAGGGUUAUGAUGGUGGCAGCAGUGACUCUGAGUCUGAGAGUCCUGUCCCUGAUGAUCAGGAGGGUCAGUCACCGUCAAUGCCAGACUUCUGGCUCAUUGUUAACAUCCAUCAGGACAGAGUGAAGGUGUACUCUCAUGCCAGAUCCUUGAGUGAAGAAAAAGACAUUGAUGUGGAACAGCUAGAAAGGAAAGUCGAACACGAGCUUCCUGAAUUCUUAGAAAUGCAUCAAACUGUGGUCCGGAGGAUUGGUGAAGUUUGCAGGAUUGUAAAUCAGCGCAUGCUGCUCCAGGACCUGCAUGAUAGCCAUGUAUGUAACACACUGUUGGUGGCAGAAAGUGAGGAGGAUAUCUGGAAGAAUGACUCUCUCUUCAGGCAAAGGCAGAACACCACUGAUGACUACAACACAGAGGAGAGCUACCAGGCCAGAGAUUACUUGGCAGCCACCAUGCAAUUUAUCCCUGGGCAUUUUGCAUGCGACAUUGUGUGGAGUACAGUUAUCCACAUCCAUCCACGCCUUAAGAUGGGACCCAACAUGGGGGUGUCCAGGGCUAUCCAGGCCCUUCGCUCUGUGCUGAACUCCUUCUCUGUAGUUAAUAGAAAAAACAUGUUUGUCUACCAGGAGCGCACAACUAAAUCAGUCUUCUAUCUCAGACUCUGUGAAACCUCACUAAAAGGCAAGUACUCAGACCUGGAUGGAAACCUUCAUCCAACUCGCUCAAUGGGGCUCAUUAGAAGUCAAGAGCCUUUAUAUCCUGAAGACAUAACGGGCUCCAGAUCUUCUUUGGAAGGCUCUCGACCAGUAGGACAAGUGGACAAACACAUCCUGCUUCUGGUGCAUGGAGUGGGAAAUGCAGGUCCAGAAAUCACAGAUGAACUGGUCAAGGUGCUUCGGAAGCGCCUGGAUGAAACCACCUUGGACAUCAUAACAGUUAUGCUUGUUAGAAACUGCAAGCUAACUCCUGCUGAUGUGGAGUUUAUCCAGCCAUCAGGAUCUCCUCCCACUGGAAUCAUGACCUUCAAUCUUCCAACAUAUUGUCUUCCCUGGCUGCCCACACUGGCUCACUACCUCAGACAGAACCUGCUUAUCUUCCUGCAUAUACCCAAGUACACUGACAGCAUUACUGUACACCAUUUCAAGAGGUCAGAGGAGAAUGGCCAGACUGGCAUUGCCUGCAUUGCUCUUUCAUUUGUAGAUGCUCAAGGUUGCCCCUUUAGGGUUGCAGCUCAUGACUGUUCUUCUAUUCUAAAAUAUGAGCCCUGCUCCAUCCCUCUUCACCCAGAACAUUUUGAGGAGCUGACAACUGUGAUUAAAGCGGAAGCCAUCAACAUAAACCAAACUUCAGCAGCCCAACUAAACGUGCGCUUUGAUAUUUGGGAACAAGGGAACAUCAGCCCCUUACAGCUGAGUGAUAAACUGCAAGGGGCGCUGCGCCAUGCACUCUGUGAUGCCAUCAUGGAACUGAGAGUCUUGCGAAAUCCUCUUUGUCUUGGUGUCACAGCGAGCUCAGACAGAGGUCAGAGAGAAGGAACUAAAGGACACGACACAUCUCUGUCUGAGGUGAAAGAAAAGAAGGACAGCCCCAGGCAACGUAGUGGCUCACGGAUCUUUAAAAGCGGCCCUUCUCCAAUCACCUUAAUCCAUUCAGCAGGUGUCAACCCGGUGAUGGGGACCAGCACACCAGAAUCUACUACUCCUACUAAUAAAAGCUCACGCCGGAGCUUUUGGGAUAUUCUGAGUAAACCCGACUCAGCAGAGCUUGGGAGCCCCAAGACAACUGAUGACAUUGUUCAAGAAAAGGGAGAAGAGGGCAGAGCAGCACGGCGAAGACACAAGACGGAGAACGUAAAGCAGCAGUGGAGUCAGGAGAGAGCUGUGGCUGUGGAGCUUGAGCAAGCUCAAAGGAGGCAGGUGUCUCAGUUGGAAGAGGGAGAUGCAGGCACUUUACACCCUGUCUACCAAGAUACUUGCCAGUCUUGGAUCACGUUUAUGGCCAGACUUGGCUGCCCCUCCAUCCAACAUUGCACGGCUGAAAUUGCAUCCAACUUCCUGCUGCCUUCCAUUUUGACAGAGGUCAUCAAUUUGGUCAGUUCUUUGGCCAGUGACACAACAGUGAAAUCAUUUGAAAGGAUGAGCUGCCCCAGCGGAGAUGUGUUUUUUCCAUUCCCUCUUGUCCAGCACCGCAGCCACUCUCCUGACGCUAAAAGAAGCUUCAUUCUCAUUGGGCGAAAUUUCUACCAGUGGCACUGCUGCACAGAGCAAGAAGACAGUUCAGAUGAGGAAAGCUCCCCAGGGCUAAAUAGGUUCACACCUCACAAGGGCUUCCAACGGUUUGAGGCUCUGGAGCAGAGCGAUCUGAUGACUCCUGGCCAUCCUGAAGCAGGACAAGCUCCCCGACAGAGAUUCCUAUUCAUCAGCAUCGCAGAGAAAAAGGUGACUCUGUACAGUUAUAACUGGUCUGUGGACCUGGGUGCAUCUCUGAACCGUGACCUGGUUCGCCUUGUGAAAUGGCAGAAUGCGAGGGCUCAUGUUGUUCACUGCCUGUUCAGCCAAAAGAUGGGCCUCUUCCAUCACUAUUGCUUCUCUGAUCCACCUCUUCAGGAACUGGACUCCAAGCUGGAUCCUAACCCAUUCCUUAGCCCUUCAAUGGAGCCUGAUGCCUUGCUUCGUAGUGCAGUUGCCCCUUUGCCCAGCAAGGAGCAGGGGAGACUAGGAGGUUCAGGCCGAAGUCUUGCUCCACUCCAUUUCCCCUCUGAGCUACUUCCCUUCGAUGAGGCUCUGAGGGAUGUCUGCACCAUCCGACCCUUGACAGAAGGAGAUGUAGUGGUUCGACAUAGUAACCAGCUUUUGGAGAUGAAGACAGCUGAGCGCAGAGAAAUGGAGAAGCAGAUGAAGAUUGAAAACUUGUUUGUCACUUGGCAGCAGAGAUCAGCACAGUCUAACAUGCCCAUAUCUGGAACAGAUUUGGAGACUCUGAAGCAGUCAUCAAGGCUUGUCCACUACUGUGCCACCCCACUUCUCUUUGACCCCGGCUUCCGUAAGCAAAUUCAAGAGGAACCAACUCAGACUAUUGUAAAGAAAAGGCAUCGCUCCAGUGACUCCACAUCGUCAGGUCGAGACCGAAGCUACAGCACUGAUUCAGCCGACAUGCUUCCAAGCCGAAUAAAAGAGGAGCCAUGGCUGCUUGAGAUUUCUAACAACUUCCUUCAGCAGUACAUCCAGUACCUGCAGAGCAUGGGCUUCAUUCUAGUCCAGGUCCGGCCUCCAUCCCCCGCUCGCAGUAUUGCCAGAGCCCGUGCUGCCAUGCUGAGCUCCGUGUCGUUGGAAGGAAGGAUGUCCUUUUCUUAUGUCAAGCAGAAGAGUGAAGACAACCCUAAGACUUCAGGAUCUGGCACGACUUCCUAUCACCUCCAGAGAGCGCUGCCGGGUGGGAUCGUGUUGAUGGAACUGGCUUUUCAGGGGUGUUACUUUUGUGUAAAACAGUAUGCACUGGAGUGUUCCCGCAUCCCCAUGGGCCAAACAGUCAACUCCCAGGGCACCCACCUCACCAAACUUCGUUGCAAGCCGUUUCCAGAUGCCUCACCAAUAUGUGACUGUGCGCUGUCCAUGCUCUUCACUGAGGAGUGUGAUAAGGUGCGGGACCUGAUGCACAUCCACUCCUUCAGCUAUGACUUUCACCUGCGUGUGGCUCACCAGUACUUGGUUGGAUGCCACAUGACACUUCGCCAGGGCUACCAGCUUACGGACUUUCUUGAUGACUUCAUCUGCCAUUACCCAGAUAUUCCCAAGUUUGGCCGCAAUCACAUCUUUCAAGGAAGCUUUUCAGUCUCCACUGGGAUAAUAACAGCUCACCAGCUCUACAACUAUAUCACUGACCACACCAGCACUUACGGCAUGAAGCCUCUCCGCAUGUCAAAGACUGCAGUUGCUACUGACAACAAAAAAGGGAUGGCUGACCUCCAUGAAUAUGCACUGGUGGCUCUGUGGAACAGUUCGGGCUCCUACAAGGACCUGGAGGGCCUCCACCACCAUGAUGAUUUUGACGUGUCUCUGGUGGUGUGCCACAAUGCUGUUCCAUUUGAGGAGCAGUCAGAUGGGGAGAGGCAUUUGCUAAGGUUGCGAUUCUAUGUAAUCAUGACGAGUCAAAGGGAGCUCUUCCCCCAUCUCACCGCUGAUAUGCGCCGCUUCAAGAAGCUCCCUCAGAUUUACCGUGAUCCAAAUGAGCAGGGUAGUCGGCUCCCCCGCGAUCGAGCAGAGAGCACCGGGUCAAGUGGAGAUGGCCAUGAUCUGUGGGAGGAAAGGUCAUCUGAAGCUGCCACUAUCUCAGCCCCUAGUGAUGGCAAUGAAUUUUAUCCUCUGACAGGGGCUGGGCCAGGGAGUCAGGGGCUGGUCUACAGCUCCCCUCUAUUCCCUUUGCUCAACAAUGAGGUGGCUCUGGCUCGCAAACAGAUCCAAGCCAGUGUGGAGCAGGCCAUGGGUCACUGCCGCCGGGAUAACCUGUGGAGGAGGCUGUUCCAUGGAGAUCAUGUGUCCCUGGACAAAUUAAAGCUGGCCAAGCUGUCAUUCACAGAACUGGAGGAGCUGCUGCAGGCAGUUCAGAGCCAUUCAGUGGGGGACAUUGACCCACAGCUGGAUUAUUUCCUAACCAUGAGUCCAGCAUGGUACCAAAGUCUGAUUAAGGUUCUACUCAGUCGAUUCCCUCAGAGCUGCAGACACUUUGACGAUAAUGGCAUCCAGUAUCUGGCCGUCCUUAACCAGAAGUUCACAGAUUGUUUUGUUUUGGUUUUUCUGGACACCCAAGCAGGAAAAACGAGCUUAAAGGUUGUAUUUCGGGAACCACUGCCGUCCCAGCAUCAGGCCAGCAGCAGUCCACCUCCUCAGCUGGUGUCUAUGUACCACCAUCUGGAAUCUGUCAUCAACACUGCCUGCUAUAACCUCUGGACAGGACUAUUAUAAAACUGACAGCAAAAUUCAUGUGCAUAAGUACUUUAUGACAUCAUUCAUAUAUUCUAUUACGCCUAGAAAUGUUAGGAAAUAUCAGAGAAAUGUGUGUACCUAAAGUCCUACUGCCAUAUUGGUGCCAUGAAGUGCCUUCAUCUGUUUUUCUUCUUCUGUUCUCCUAAAUGUGUAGAGGGCAGAAUCGAUUGGUUUUGCAUAAUUAAACCUGAUGUAAUUAGUAGGUUUACAAAGCUCUAAUCAGUGAGGUAAGAAAAUAUCAGUAUUAGCUUCAGUGACAGGUCGAGUUAUCAGUGAUUUUUCUGUAGUCUGUGAGAAGGAAUAAGUGUGACCUGGUACUCAUCUUUCAGUUUCAAGGCUAAGAUGAAGCUGGCCAUAAGUAAGAAGGCUACCUGACACACUGACCAGUGGGAAAGCAAACAGACCCCAGGAUGACAUUCUCUGCUCUGCCUGAGUCUAUAAACAUGUACUGUUGUCACAUUUGUCAUGAGAACCUCACUGUAAUCUAAGACUGUACUAACUCAUUCAUGUAUAUUGUGUAUAUGUGCAACACAUUAUACAGAAUUGUAAAAAGGUGAAUUUAGCAAGACAGUGAAGUAAGUUUUAUCUGAACUGGGGAACAUUCUGUAGUUGGUUAUUAUUAAUUGUUCAAAAUAAAAUAAAAGAUUUAGCUUCUAAAAA